CCGGCGCCGGCCCGGCUGCCGCCGCCUCAGUGACCCUGCUACCCCCGCGCUGGGCCACCCGGGCCAGAGUGGGGGACCCCAGCUGCCCCGCCCCCUCUUCCCAAACACCGUCCUCUCUCCCCCACCCCCAACAGCCUGCGCGCGCGCGGAGACGCCUCAGACUCUAAGAUGGACAUAGAAGACUGCAAUGGCCGCUCCUAUAUGUCUGGAAUCCACGCUUCCUGGAAGGUGAGUGGCUGGGCUCACCCCUGCCUGCCACCGAGACGCAGGCAUGCACACACCACCCGCACUCCCUCGCCGUUUCCAAGGCGGCGGCCGCGCUCGCACCCCAGGGUCUCACCGGCAAGGGAAGGAUAAUCUGGAGAGGGAUCCCUCAGGAGGGUGUGUUCCGGAUUUCUUGCCUCAGGCCCAGGACUCCAACCAUUUUAUAAUGGAAUCUUUAUUUUGUGAAAGUAGCGGGGACUCAUCUCUGGAGAAGGAGUUCCUCGGGGCCCCGGUGGGGCCCUCGGUGAGCACCCCCAACAGCCAGCACUCUUCUCCCAGCCGCUCACUCAGUGCCAACUCCAUCAAGGUGGAGAUGUACAGCGAUGAGGAGUCGAGCAGACUGCUGGGGCCCGAUGAGCGGCUCCUGGACAAGGAUGACAGCGUGAUUGUGGAGGACUCGUUGUCGGAGCCCCUGGGCUACUGUGAUGGGAGUGGGCCUGAGCCCCACUCCCCUGGAGGCAUCCGGCUGCCCAACGGCAAGCUCAAGUGUGAUGUCUGCGGCAUGGUCUGUAUUGGACCCAACGUGCUCAUGGUGCACAAGCGCAGCCACACCGGAGAAAGGCCCUUCCACUGCAACCAGUGUGGGGCCUCCUUCACGCAGAAGGGGAACCUGCUGCGCCACAUCAAGCUGCACUCUGGGGAGAAGCCCUUCAAAUGUCCCUUCUGCAACUACGCCUGCCGUCGGCGUGAUGCACUCACUGGCCACCUCCGCACACACUCGGUCUCCUCUCCCACGGUGGGCAAACCUUACAAGUGUAACUACUGCGGCCGGAGCUACAAACAGCAGAGCACCCUGGAGGAGCACAAGGAGCGCUGCCACAACUACCUGCAGAGUCUCAGCACUGAAGCCCAGGCCUUGGCUGGCCAACCAGGUGACGAGAUCCGUGACCUAGAAAUGGUGCCAGACUCCAUGCUGCACGCAUCAUCCGAGCGGCCAACGUUCAUCGACCGUCUGGCCAACAGCCUCACCAAACGCAAGCGUUCCACCCCCCAGAAGUUUGUAGGUGAAAAGCAGAUGCGCUUCAGCCUCUCGGACCUCCCCUACGAUGUGAACUCGGGCGGCUAUGAGAAGGAUGUGGAGUUGGUGGCGCACCACGGCCUAGAGCCUGGCUUUGGGGGUUCUCUGGCCUUCGUGGGUGCAGAGCAUCUGCGUCCCCUCCGCCUCCCACCCACCAACUGCAUCUCAGAACUCACACCCGUCAUCAGCUCCGUCUACACCCAGAUGCAGCCCCUUCCCGGUCGACUGGAGCUCCCAGGGUCCCGAGAAGCAGGUGAGGGACCCGAGGACCUGGCUGAUGGAGGUCCCCUCCUCUACCGGGCCCGGGGCCCCCUGACUGACCCUGGCGCCUCCCCCAGCAAUGGCUGCCAGGACUCCACAGACACAGAGAGCAACCAUGAAGAUCGGGUAGGGGGGGUGGUAUCCCUUCCUCAGGGUCCCCCACCCCAGCCACCUCCCACCAUCGUGGUGGGCCGGCACAGUCCUGCCUACGCCAAAGAGGACCCCAAGCCGCAGGAGGGGUUACUGCGGGGCACCCCAGGCCCCUCCAAGGAAGUGCUUCGGGUGGUGGGCGAGAGCGGUGAGCCCGUGAAGGCCUUCAAGUGUGAGCACUGCCGCAUCCUCUUCCUGGACCACGUUAUGUUCACCAUCCACAUGGGCUGCCACGGCUUCCGAGACCCCUUCGAGUGCAACAUCUGUGGCUACCACAGCCAGGACCGGUACGAGUUCUCUUCCCACAUUGUCCGGGGGGAGCACAAGGUGGGCUAGUGACCUCUCCCCCUCCCCGCAGCCCACCACGCCACUGCCCCACUUACUGGUGUCUAGCCCUGUCCCCACCACAUCCCAAGGAGUUUUGCUUUGUAGCCCCCAGCACUGGCUACCUGACUUCACACCUGACCCUGACCCCUGCUCACCUCACGCAUCUCCCCCUGGACUCUGACCCGUGUAAGCAUUGUGACAACACAGGUCUUUUGCUUGUCUCCACUUUCUCCCUUCUCUCAUCCCAGCAGGAGCACUGAGUUAUUUCUCGCUUAGUUGAUUGCUCUUUUGCCUUUUUAUUUUUGCACUUACAUCAGUCCCUUACCACGCACCCUCCUGCCCACUGCUGCCUUCCGCUUCAGGCCUAUGUUCCUCCUCUUUGAUCCAGCCUUCUCCAGCAGCCCCACGGGUAGGAAGCUCCUCUUAGCACUGAGACGAGCUUCUUACCAUCAGCCCUCCCUCCCUGCGUUACCGGAUUCUUCCCUUAGCUCUGUGGCAUUAGAUCUCCUCUCUGGGACCCUUCAGCCUGGUACUCCAUACCUCUCGUGCCCUCUCACCAUAGGCAGUUUGCACUGUCCCUGAAUGAAUGAAGAAUUCCCUCAUUUGGAAGUAGGAGGGGCUGCAGAACUUCUCCCCAGACACUGUCGGACCGCGGGUCCUCUCAGCGUUCCUCCGUAGAGCCUGCACUCAGAUCUCCUCCAGGAUGUGACAGACCCCCUCCCCUCACCUCACCAAACCCUCAGUACUGCUCUCUUCUCUUCAACCUGCCAGUCUACUCAGUGGUGGCUUUUCUCUCCUUGGAGCGCCCCAAACUUAUACCCUCAGGGGCCAAGGUUAGGUUUGCAACCCUCUGUCUCUGACACACGGGAGCCACAGGUGCCUAAUUGGGAACCAGGGCAUGGGAAGGGGUUGGGCCAAAAUUCCCUUUCUCCUGCACCUCUCAAACUUCUUCAGUCUUGAGACUGUCCUAGGCUCUCAGGGACUCCUUCAGUCCCCGUUCUAUGAGAAACUAGCGGAUUGCUGCCUGCUGACAAGGGGGUGUCUCAACCCCUCAGGUCACGCUGCCUUCUUCCUCUCCCUCCUAGCAGGAUUCACCCUCACAUCCCCAGGUUCCUGGGUCCUGUCCUUAUCACCAUAGGCAGGGAAAAAGGGGUGUCUCUCUUCUCUCCUCUGAUUUUCAGUAUAACCAAAAAUUAUCCCAGGAUGAGCAAGGGCAUAUAUCCCUCCCCCCGUCCCACCCUUGUUCCAGCAAGAAUGGGAUGCGCACAGCUGAACCCGGGGUCAUUCUUUGCUGCCGCUUCUACACGCAGCUCUCAGGCUUGCGGGAGGUGCGCUCUCCUCCGGGCUACUGCAGAGACCCCCCGGUUGUUUGGGAAACCGUGGACUGGUGAAAAGGGGCAGGAGGAGAUACAACUCCACUGCAAAUGGAGGCCUUUUUCUACAAGAGCCCCCUGCCCAAGACCACAGCCGUCCCAUUCUCUGCUUCCUUGAGAUUCAAACCAAAGGCUGUUUUUCUAUGUUUAAAGAAAAAAAAAAAAAAAAGAAAGUAAAAACCAAACACAACACCUCACAAGUUGUAACUCCUGGUCUUUCUCUUCUUCCCUUCCUUUCCCUCACUCUCUCUUUCCACGCCUCCUAUCCUUAUUGGCUCUUUUGCCUCCAGCUUUUCUCACUCCCUAUCAGGGAUAUUUGGGGGGGAUGGUAAAGGGUGGGCUAAGGAACAGACCCUGGAAUUGGGGCUCUUAAGGGCUCAGAGAAGAGCCUACCUUACUCUUUUAUGAGAAGGGAAACAAAUUUCUCGUCUCCUUCAUUUUUAUGCCCCAUUCCGUGGUUUCCCAAGAGAACCAGAUUGGCAGGGAGAGGCACCGUGGGGUGAUCGUUCCCCCUUGCCAAUGUAGCAAUAAAUAGAUGCUGCCGAGGGCAGAGGCUGGGGGCUCAGCUGGGAGGAGAGCAGUCCCCAGAGGAGGACAGAGUCCUCUCCGUGGCGCCCCGAGCGCUGGCUCCUUGUUUCAGGACAGCAGCAGAGCUGAGCUUAGCUUCUGGGCUUCUUCUGAACUCUUCUGGUUACUGAGCCCCUUCCUGUUAGACCUGCCCCCCCCCCCACCUCUUCUGUGUCUGCCAUGGAUCUGGUGACACCUCAUAAGGACUAACCCCUUCGGGGGUACCAGGGCCUUAGGGUGCCCCAUCCCCUCCCGUAGUCAGCUCUGGCACCUGCAACCUCCCGGGACAUGAAGGACUAUGCUCUGAGGCUAUUCUCUGUGCCCAUGAGAGCAGAGGCUGGAAGGGCAAGACCAGGUGCUAAGGAGGGGAGAGAGGGGCCUCCUGUCUCUCUCCAGACCAUCACUGCACUUUAACCAGGGUCUUAGGUACAAAAUCCUACUCUUCAGAGCCUUCCAGCUCUGGAACCUCAAACAUCCUCAUGCUCUCUCCCAGCUCCUUUUGCAGUAAAAAAAUAUAUAUUAAAAAUUUUAAUAAAAAAAAAAAACCCACACACACACUGAAACCCACAUGGAGAAAAGAGGUGUUUCCUUUUAUAUUGCUGUUCAAAGUCAACACCACAGAAACUAUUUCUAAGUAGACACUUUUCCAGACCUUUGUGUGUGUGUGUGUGUGUGUGUCGGUGUCAAAGCUGCAGAUGGGAUUUUGUAAUACUUCUGGCAGCUUCUUUCCUUAUGUACAUAAUAUAUAUAUAUUUUUAAUCAGAAGUUAUGAAGAACAAAAAGAGAAAAAAAUAAAACACAGAAGCAAGUGCAAUACCACCUCUCCUCUCUCCCAGGGUUUCCUACAUAGCCUAUGUUUGGUGUCUCCCUUGACCCUAACCCCUUCACCUCCUCCUUUAUUUCUGAGUCCCUCCCCUACCCUUUUUUUAAAGGGUUUUUCUCCUCUCUCAAGAGGAGUUAAACUAGCUUUUGAGACUUACUGCAAAGCGUUUUGUAUAUGUAAUAUAUUGUAAGUAAAUAUUUGUGUAACGGAGAUAUACUACUGUAAGUUUUGUACUGUACUGGCUGAAGGUCUGUUAUAAAUAAACAUGAGUAAU